AUGUCCAAUCCAAAGGUUUAUACGAUGCCGAUGCACGCUCCCAUAUCAGUGCCAUUCUAUGUCCAAAUUCCACCAGGGGCUCCGAUCCCUCAGGUAUUCUCCCAAGCACCCACCAAUCCCAAACCAGGCUACGUUUGGGGCUAUCCCGCCCAAGGAUACCCCCUUCCACCAACUGCAACCGUCAUGCAAGGCCUAGGACCCGAUGGCACUUAUGGCUGGCCAGUCUAUUUUAAAGGAGGGACUUCAAGCAACCCACAAUAUGCUUAUUACCCCGUUCCUUCGAACGCUGCUCCCCAUGGUGCUGUCCCAGUAGGUGGCUUUCCCCCAGGUGCCACUUUCCCAGGUGUUCCACCUCCUCAGGGUACCUCUGGCAAGAAUCAUCACCGGCGCCGCACCAAGGAAAGUAGUGAGGAAGAUGACGAGAAGUGCGCUUGCCCUGAGUGCAUUGAAGAAAAAAAACAUGCUGGCAAAGCUGCUCCUCGUGGCCCCACACAAGGUGCUCCAAUGCCACCACCACCUCCUCCUCCAGGGCAUUUCAUCUCCCCUCAAUUCUUCGGGCCACCACCACCACCACCACCACCCGCUGCUACUACUACUCAACAGACAACUACUUUCAUCCCUUACUUUGUUCCAAGUGGUUGUCCAUCCCAUCACUGCGAAAAAGGUGCUGGCGGACCUAGUGAUAAUCAUCCAAGUGGUCAUAAGCAUCAUGACAAAAAACCAAGUUCUUCCAGCUACCACUACUCCGUUAACUGCGAAUGUCCAACCUGUAGGGCUAGGCGAAUGGCCAUCGAGAUGGAGCGUAUCCAAGAAGAGCGCAAGAACGAGCGUGAGUACAAGGAUGCUCAAGAGUUUAUCAAAAUGAAGAAGCGUGUCGAUCGUGAGGAUCGUGAAGCCAAACUCGAGGGUAUGUACCGUGCCAAGAAGACUGGUGGCAAGAAUGUUACUUUCGAAGAACCUCCCAUGUGUCAUCACAUGUACCCUGAGCCCGAGGGAGACUACGAGUGGUUCGGCAUCCCCAUUGUUCCCACUAGUUCGAUCCCAAUCAUGGGGUUCCAUCCAGGUGAAACGACUCCAAUUCAUCUUCAACCACUUCACGCCGGCCCUAGUCACUAUGUUGAUGACCUUGAGGAAGAAAAUGCUAGGCUUCGCCAUGAGAAGAGUCACCUCAAGGAUAAGAUCAAACGUGAGCGUUCCAUGCGUAACAAUGACAACACUGCUCGUGAUUACCUUUCGAGUCGUCUCCGCGACCUUGACAAAGACGUUCAAGAACUUAAGAAGAAAGGCGGUAAGGCCUCGGGAGCUCCUCGUUCCAAAACCCCUGUCGUUGAAAUCCAGGUCCCUCUUGCCACCAGCGAGAAGCAUCAUCAUCACAAGAAGUCACCAUCUAAGGAGAAAGGCAAAGCCAAAGACGGUGAUGAUUCUGGUGACAAUCGCAAGGGCAAGAACAGGAAUGUCGAAAGCAAGCACAAACACCCACAUGUUUGCUUUGACUCUGAAUGUGACGAUUUCGAUUCUUGCUCGGAGUGUUCAUUCGAGUGCACUGUCAAAGGCUGCCGAACCUGUCGGCCGCGUGGAGGACGUCGUUAA